AUGACUUCCCAAUUUCACGUCGCCAUCAUCGGCGCCGGCCUCGUCGGCCUGAAAAUGGCGCUUGCCCUGCACGUACACUCAAUCAAGUGCACAGUAUAUGAACAGGCCGCUUCGACCGGGGGCCGCUUCGCCGGCGCGGUCAUGCUGUCGCCCGACAGCCUGCGCAUCCUCGACAAAUACGGCGCAUAUGCCCAGCUGCGUGAGCAAGUGUACAAUUUUCCGGCCGUCAAGAUCAGGGACGCGGAAGGCGAGCCGGAAGACAGUUGUUUCUACUUGGGUUCUCGUGAGCUGUUUGGUUAUGAUGCGCUGAGGGCGUAUCGGAACGUGAUUCUCAAGGUGCUUUCGACGGCGUGCGCCGAGAGGCGCAUCGACGUUGUCUCCGGCAAGAAAUUCUCCGAGAUCCUGCUGUCCGAGGACGACGAUGGGCAGGAGGAUGAUGGAGUGCACUUCAAAUUCCAAGACGGGACCAUGGCUCACGCGGACAUCCUCGUCGCUGCAGACGGGAUACACAUCAAAAUCCGCACAGUGCUCUUUCCGCAAUUCAGGCCUGAAUAUAACGGCGUCCUCGUGGUCUGCGGCGCCGUGAAAGCAUCGUCCCUCAAUGGCGCUGGUGGUGGAGGAGCGGACGGAAAUGAUGGGCUCGACACUGUCGCCAUACUCGAAGGCCGCAACGGCGCAGGCGCUUUCCUCCUGGGCCCGCAGCUCUCUGACGCCAGUGAGCUUCUAGCAGGCACACAGCGUCCCUUUCUACCCCAGACGCGCGAGGAAUGGGCCCGCCUCUCCGCGGAUCAAGACUUUCACCUCGACUUCCUCCGCGAGGGUUACGAGAACCGAGUACCCAUCGUCCAGCGCGCGGUGGAUAACAUCGUGCUGGGAAGCACAUAUAUCUGGCCGCUGCAGACUUUGCCUAAGCUGGAGAGAUGGUGGUCUUCUUCUAGCAAGAAUCUCGACGGCAGCAACGGCGAGGGAGGCGGAACCGCCAACGAUAGCGGAGGAGGUGGGAGGGUAAUUCUGAUGGGAGACGCUGCGCACGCGAUGCCGCCUACGAGCAGCCAGGGGGCGAACCAGGCAUUCGAAGACGGCUGGAUGCUCGCCCGUGUCCUCAAAGCCGUGUUCACGUUCGACAACGUCGGCAGUCAUGCUGGAAGCGAUGCCAGGGGGUCAAAAGUGGUGAAGAGUAGCAUCGAAGUCGAUGAGAGACUAAGGAAAUCCUUGCAGACAUGGCACGCGCGCAGACAAGAUCGGAUCGACCGGAUCCUCCAGCUGACGCAGCAGAUGCACAAUCUGCGGUUACCGAUUGAAGAACAGCGGAAAUUGAACGAUGGCGAAAUAUACAGAUCUCUCGCGAGGUUCCAGCAGGCUCGGGCUGGGCACCGGCAUGAGCACGAGCAUGACGGGGUCGAGCAUGACGAGGAGGCCUACUUUAAGAUGGCCGUCCUUGAGCAGUGGGCAUGGCUUUAUUGUCCGGAUGAUCUUGUCGAGGACUUUCAAGGUAAGACCGACUCCGAUGACAACGCUGACGGCGGACUGUGA